AUGGUCCCCGCACAAACCAACGGCAGGCCGCGCAGUCGCCCCGAUCCUCCACCAGAAGACCACAGGCCCCCCCUCAUCGAGUCCCCGCUCGGCCCCGAGUGGUCGCAAUGCCCCUGGCUGAAUCAAGCCGCCCCUGCGCCUCCGCUCCCCACCGCGCAAUCUGGCGCUCCCCAAGGCUAUUGGAAACUAGAGCUUGACUCGCAAAUCAAGCGCCGCGGCUCGGCGAGGUCGACAAACGCGCAGGCCUCACGGCUGCAUCGGCGCACGCAGGAGCUCGCGAUGAGGAUCCCUUGUCCGUCGCGACGACGAACAGGCGUGAAGGAUCGCGCAGGGAGCUACCAGGACGAGCCGGGAGAGCUGCAGAGAGGGCAGUCGAGUCUUCUGGACUCCGCGCCCUGCCUCCAUUCUCGCACCUCUACCCCUCAGCUGCCACUGGACAACACGCGCGGGUGGCCCUCAGAAUACCGGGCUGUACGGGACUGUGGCGUGCCUGAUAGUUGCCCUGCCCUUACCGUCUUAACGUUCGGGGUCGAACAACCGCGCGCCGGUCAUCUGCGCGACGAGUCCGACGCGUCGACGCGCACGUCCAGGCACCCAGUGGAGGUCCCAGCUAGCGCGAAGGCUAGCCGACGCGAGGAUGCGAGUACGGGGCGCGUCACAUGCGUGCAUGGCCAUGAGCGCGUUGGGCCAAUACGCGACUUGAACCCGACUCAGACCAGGAGCCUAACCCCCUCGGGGACGUCCGUGAGUGACGAGUCCCCGUGA